AGCUCUGAUGUGAAUAUGUUCCUUGGUGAUUGUAUCUGUUUUUAAUAUCACUGUGCUACGCUAAUUAUUUGUGAUAAACAUGUAUCCUAUUUAUGUGUUAAAAGAGCUGGUUAACAAUUAUUUCCAAGGGGACGAACCAUGGAAAAUAGUGACCAUAACAAGUACAACCAUUCUUAGCUCAGUAUGGCUAUGGAAUUUUGUCUUCCAAGAAGAAAGUCUUGCUGAAAGGGCUAAGAAGCAGAUGUUUAGUUUAAUGAAUUGUAUACCUGCUAUCAGGAACAAGAUCGAUCAGGAACUGGAUAAUAUUAAUGAGACAUUUAAAGAAGAAGUGUUGCAGAGGAUGAAAGAUGUUCUUUUUAUUGUAAAACUCCCAGAGGAGGGCAUAAAACCAAAGGAGAUCAUAGAAAAAGUAAAGCAAUCUAUUCAGUUAGGUAGUUACGAUUGGAAAAGUGGCAGAGUGUCUGGUGCCAUCUACAGAAUUGAUACUGAUCUCUUACAACUGAUGGGUGAUAUUUAUAGCAUUGCAUCUUAUACAAAUCCAUUGCACCCUGACGUUUUUCCAGGUGUAUGCAAAAUGGAAGCAGAAGUAGUUAAAAUAGCUUGUAAUUUAUUUCACGGCGGUGAAGAUUCUUGUGGAACGAUGACCAGUGGUGGUACGGAGUCAAUUUUGUUAGCAUGUAAAGCGUAUAGGGAUUAUGCAAGGCAAGUGAAGGGUAUCAAGAAGCCAGAGAUAGUGGUACCUGUGACUGUACACUCUGCUUUUGAUAAAGCUGCCCAGUACUUAAAAAUUAAAGUGCGUAUCGUACCUGUAAACCAAAGUAGCUAUACUGUUUGUAUCAAGUCUAUGGAAAGAGCUAUUACGAGAAAUACAAUAAUGUUAGCAGGAUCAACGCCAAAUUUCCCAUAUGGGACAAUGGAUAAUAUUGAAGCAAUAUCUAAGCUGGGAGUGAAGUACAAUAUCCCAGUUCACGUUGACGCUUGUCUCGGUGGAUUCUUACUUUGUUUCAUGCCCGACGCUGGUUUCGAUGUACCACCUUUUGACUUUAGACUUCCCGGUGUUACUAGCAUAUCAGCGGACACACAUAAAUACGGGUAUGCUCCGAAGGGUUCAUCGAUCAUUCUUUAUAGAAACAAAAAGCUGAGGCACCAUCAGUAUACUAUAACAACUGAUUGGCCCGGUGGUAUUUAUGGUUCGCCGACUGUCAGUGGCUCGAGAGCUGGUGGUAUUAUAGCUUCGUGUUGGGCAACGUUAAUGUACUUCGGUUACAAUGAAUAUCUCGAAUCGACAAAGAAAAUUAUUGAAACUACUAAAUAUAUUGAACAAAGGUUGAGGAAAUUGGAUGGAAUUUUUAUUUUUGGUACUCCGGCCACCUCAGUUAUUGCACUGGGAUCAAACGAUUUUGAUAUUUAUAAAUUAUCGGAAGCUUUAAAUGAAAAAGGAUGGAAUUUGAAUCCACUUCAAUUCCCUUGCGGUGUACAUCUCUGCGUUACGUAUGUUCAUACGCAGCAUGGUGUCGCGGACCAAUUUUUAAGCGACGUUCAAACUGAAUUAAGCACGAUCCUAAAGAAUCCAGAAAUUCCCGUCGAAGGAAGGUUCGCAAUUUAUGGAAUGAGUCAAAGCAUACCGGAUAGAAGCAUCGUCAGCGAUUUUGCCAAAUGUUAUUUGGACUCUAUGUACUUCACACCUAACACUCAGGCCGCAAUCAGUAACGAGCCAAGCAACUGAAUUGCAUGCACUAAUUAUUGUAAAUUUUCGGAUCAUAACUUUUAUUGUAAAACAUGAAUGAAACGCGUCUUUACUGCUCAAAAACGCUCCAUAUUCGUUCAGCCAAAUACGGUAGAGAUAGCGUUGUUCUCCCCACAAAAAUUUACCAAAUGUAAAUAUUUAAUACAUGUUUUCUAACGGCAUAUUGAACUAUUCAGACAGUCCGUUUUUACAGUACAAAAGUUUAUUCUAAUCGAGGUAAUAUUUUUCUUAACAAUAUUUUUACAUACAUUUCAACCAGGUAACUGAUAAUGUACAACUGUAUUUCAUAAUAGGUUGUUAGCACAUUUGUACAUAAAAUUUUUUUGUUGGUACUUCCCAUAGACUAUAUAAGCAUAUUUAUCUGUUAUAUGUAUAUUUUGGAUAUUUUUACUAUGUUCAUUCCGGUGACAAACGAAUGAGAAAUAAAAAUGUACACUAAUGAUUAUUAAUAAUUUAUGAUAAACAAUAAUCUACGAUUCGAUGCCAUGUACUUUCACAUUUUCAAUACAAAAAUAAAUAAUUUAAACACCAUAA